UUUUUUUUUUUUUACUGUUGAAGGUAGUUCUUCGAUUAUUAACCACAAAAGGAAGAACAUUUUGCAGGGAAAAGGUAAAACACCAUGCCAGAAAAAGCAUAUGAGAAAGUUUAUUUCUCAAUUUGGCGGAUAAGGCAGAAAUGAUUUCGCCACAAAACUCAAACCCUAAUCAAGAAAUAGAAAUAUGUUAAGUAAAUUUUCCAUCUUCGUUUACUCCUUUAAUUAAGAAAUAAAGAAGAAAAUCUCAACCUCUGUAUGUCUCCUCUUACAACCUGCUCCCCCUCUUCCACUUGCUUCCAACUUGAUUUUUUCAUUUUAACGUCUAUAACGCCCAAAUUCUUCAAAUCAGCAGGUUAUAAUUUGAAGUUAUACGGCGUUAAAUAUCCUCGCUUCCGGAUUCGCCGUCACAGAGGGCCACGAUUCCAGACAUAAAAUGGAGAGCGCGAUGCAAAGUGGCGGCGACGAAGACGAUAUCAUCUGUUUAGACGAGUCAUUCUUCAUCAACGACGACUACCAAUUGACCACUUUCAAAUAUGGGGACGAAGUACUCCAACUUUUCUGCUUACAAUCUGCCUCAAGUAUGGUUCUUGGCCAUAUUCGCCAUAUUCCCUGCUGAUUAUGACCUUACUGGCCAGUUGGUAUGGCCUGGUGCUGAGCUUCUGAAUAACUACCUCUCAAACAAUAAGCAGAUACUUCAUGGGCGCUCCAUUAUCGAAUUGGGUUCUGGUGUUGGGGUUACAGGAAUACUUUGUAGCCGAUUCUGUCGUGAAAUCGUGUUGACUGACCACAAUGAUGAAGUAAUUAAGGUGCUGAAGAAGAAUAUAGAUGUGCAUUCUUCAGGAACAGUGUCUCAUGCAGAUUCGUUUGCUGAAAAACUAGAAUGGGGCAAUAACAGUCAAUUGAAGGAAAUUUUGCAGAGACAUCCCGGUGGAUUUGAUCUAAUUCUCGGAGCUGAUAUUUGCUUCCAGCAUUCGAGCAUUCCUUUGCUUUUUGACACAGUUGUGCAGCUGCUUCUGUUCAAGGGGAGGGGGUGCAAAUUCUUGCUAGCAUAUGUAUCCCGUGCCAGGACUCUAGAUGAGUUGGUUAUCGAGGAGGCCACCCAACAUGGACUGCAAGUGAGUGAAGUGCAGGGGACCAGAUCGAAAGUCGGAAACCAUGAAGGGGUCAUUUUCGAGUUCACCAUUCAAAGAACUAUGUAGCAAGCACUAGGUCUUCUUUUCCUUUUUCUUUCAAAUGGUGUUUCUUGAUUUACCUUGUCUCGUCGUCUCCAGUACAAAAUUGGGUUGUCUGUAGGAUUUCUAGUUUUUAUUUCUCCGUGAUUUAUCUCUUUGAAGUUGCUUCCUUUCUCAAAUGUUUUCUUUCAUCCUCUUUUAGUACGUGAGCUCUCCAUGAAGGCUGCUUGCCUCCGUUGCUUGA